UUUGUCAAAGUCAACAUGAGUUCAGUUCAGUUUGUCUUCAGAUUUGUUAUCUGUUUGUUUACCUGUGUGUGUGUCAGCACAGGAUAAAAGUCCAGCCUCCUCAUCCUCAUCUCCAGGUUUUGCUGCUUGUUGAGUUAGAUCAACAGAAACGUGGAAAUAUGAAGGUUUACCUGCUGCUGCUGCUGUUGCUGCCACUCUGCUCAGCUGAUAACAUCAAGUGUUAUGGUCAGGACUUCCUGAUGGUCGACAACAUGCUGCUGGAUUGUACUAGCAGAGUCAAACAGGCCUGCUACACCAGAGAUAACGGAGAAAAAGGCUGCACUCGGUUGGAAAAAUGCUCUGAUCGUGGCUGGACCUGUUGCUACACCGACCGCUGCAAUGCAUGAGCCAAU